AUGGACUUGGAAAGUUCUGGCGUCGCAGAGCCGGACAGCCCCCAGAGGGCGACACGUCUUCACCGGGUCUUGAGAAGAGUCUUGCUUGGCGCAAAGGUUUUCAAGUUAGGUGGUGCACAUGAUAGCGUCUGGCAUGACUUGAAGCUUGCGCAGGAAGGGCUGCCCAGAGGGCGCCCCGUGCUAGCCGACACCGCGGCGCAGAUGCAGUCUACGUCUACGCUGCGCCAGCCCGGGCCUUGCGGGACUCCGCUGCAAGCGGUAGACCCAGCUGGCGUCCUGGUGUGCGGGCAGAGCGCCGACGGCGAAGACCUUAUCUACGACCAACUGCUGGACGCUCUACACCGGGCUCGACCCGACGAAGUGCAACGCCUGGUGGCCCUUGACAUGUGGCCCUUUGAUCGGGUGUCUGGUCUGCGCGAGUGGGGCGAUGAUAGCGGGCUUCCCACACCGGCCCCAGGCUUCAUCCAGAAGACUGGGAACUGCACUGCAACUGCAGACUACACAUCGCCUCAGCCAGGCUUUGCCGCCUUAGCCAACCUCGUCCGCUUUUGCUUCCUCGACUUCAGCGACGUCCUCAUCCUCGUAUGGUAUGCUGCGCUCCGGAAACUGCUCCGGCGCUUUGUGGACCAGCUUGGGUUUGGCGAUCGCGUCACUGUGCAGACCCACAGGGUCGUUGCUGGACAGGGGCAAGCUUGCGAUCGGCCUGACCAGAGCAAGCAGGGACGUGCUGUGUGGGCUGGAGAUGGCCGGUGCAGACUUCUGGGCCGCUUUGCACAGGCUGCCGCUCAUGGCACAACCAAGUGCCCGCCACCAGUGCUGCAGAUGAGCGACAGUGUGCAAACGGCGCUCCGCAGCACAGUCUCCUCUGCCCUUGACAUAGACGAGGAGGAAGAGCAGGGGGAGCUAGAGUCGCAGAAUGGUGCGGACACGAGAGAUGCCCUUGCCGCCAGCUUGGAUGACCUGGCACAAGGCAAGGAGCACCUGGAACAGCGUCCAGAGGCGCGUUCCAAUGCUGUGGACUCUGACGCUGUCACCCUCAGCGCCAAGAGCUUGGAUCGAGCCAUUUCAGCCUGCAACGAUGGCAAGCAGGGACUGAAGGCCGUGAAGCUGUUGGAGGACCUGAGAUGCGAAGGCUUGCAGCCCACUGUGGUCACCUACGGGACCUUAGUGCCCUGCGUGCGUGAAUGGCUUUGGGCGCUGCGGCUUCUCAAGGAUGCAGGCCAGAGGUCCGUCCGAUUGAGCAGUCCUUUUCGGAACUCCCUGCUGCAUGCCAUGAGUCAGGCAGCGCAGUGGCGAGAAGCUGCAGCGAUGCUGAGCCUCAAGGAGUCAUCUUGGCCCAACACCAUCAGCUUCAACACCCUCAUGACCGGCACCCGUUGGGCGAAGGCGCAGCAGCUUUUGCGGACCAUGCGCUCAUGGCGAUUGGAUCGAAGUGUCAGCUCUUUUGGAGCCGCUCUGUCGGAGGAGGGCUGGCAAAGCUCGCUGCAUCUGACCGAGGAGAUGCGGCAGGAGGGCUUCUCCCUGAAUUUGAUGAUCUUCUCUUCCCUGGUGGAUGUCUUGGACCCCUGGGACCAGGCACUCAGUUUGCUCGGAGCCGCGCAAGAACAUCAGCUUGAGCCCAAUAUGCUGACGCUGGGGGCGGGUUUGAAGUCCCUCGCCGAUUGGGAGAAGUCUCAGGACCUUCUGCAGCGCGGAAGGGGCUGGAGCUUCGAACCUGACUACGUGUGCUGGGAGGCGGUGAUGCUUGCGCAGGGCCGAAACCGGCGCUGGGAGCGGGCGAUCGGCAGCCCGGUGUCUUCUCAGAAGGGCAGUCGGCAAGCCCGCGCAGCCAAUGCUAUGUCAGCAGUCUACCAGUGGGGGGAGAAGUGGGAAUUGGCGCUUGGCGCCCUAUGGCGCUCGGCAGAUGCUGUGGGCUACAACACUGCUCUGGCGGCCUGCCGCAAGGAUGAUGGCUGGCCUGCGUCGGCGCUUCUGCUGGAGAUGAUGAGGGAUCUGCGGCUGAAGCUGGAUGGGGUGGGAAGCAACGCGGCUUGCUCUAGCCUGUCGGUGGGCGGCUGCUGGGAGCAGUGUAUAGACCUGGUGGUGCGGAUGAGGAGACGAGCCGCAUCGACUUGGAAUCGGCCACCAGCAGUGCAGCCACCAGAUCCUGCAAGCAAGCAGGCAAGUGGCAGGAGGCCUUGUGCGUCGUCCGCUGGCUGGAGCUUGCAGGCACCCAGAUUCUCGACCCCGAGGUGCGGGCGGUAG